ACAGAGCAGCAGCCCGGCGGCGAGGCAGCGAAGCGCCCGAACCGAUUCGAGUGACACUCCUCUUUUUUAUCCUCCCUCCCUCCCAAAGUCCAAACCCUAGCCGGCUAGACCUCGCGAUCCAAUCCACACCUGACCCGCCCGUAGAGAUUUCGGCGGCCGAUGUCUCAGCCGUCGCCGCCGCGGUCUCCACGCUUCCACUCCUACUAGCAAUCAGCUAGCGACCUCCCUCACAACCUACAAAUCCACGACGUAGCGACGAUUCGAGGGUCGGCCGGCAGGCGGCCAUGAGCAGCGCGUUCAGCGAGGAGAUACUGGCCGACAAGCUCGCCAAGCUCAACAACACGCAGCAGUGCAUCGAAACGCUAUCGCAUUGGUGCAUUUACCAUCGGAAGGAUGCAGAGCUAAUUGUCCAGACGUGGGCCAAGCAGUUCCAUAAUUCUGGAAAUGAACAGAAGGUCCCUUUCCUUUAUCUGGCUAAUGACAUCCUACAGAACAGUAAGCGCAAUGGUACAGAGUUUGUAGAAGAAUUCUGGAAGGUGCUCCCAACGAUGCUUAAAGAUGUAGCUGAAAAGGGCGACGACCGUGGGAAGAAGACGGUCUCUAGGCUGGUUGAUAUAUGGCAAGAAAGGAGAGUUUUUGGUUUACGUGCCGGGGGCAUCAAGGAUGUGAUGCUUGGAACUGCCCCCCUUCCUGUAUUAGAUAUGACCAAAAAGCGCUCUCACAGUUCAUCCAUCAAGAUUGUUAAAAGAGAUUCACGUUCUGUAAAACUGAGACUAGGCGUUGGAGGAACUGCAGAGAGAAUUGUAACUGCGUUGCAUGCUGUUCUCAGUGAACAAGCAGAUGAAGAUGCUGACCUGGAAAACUGCAAGACAUCUAUGCGUCAUAUUGGAAAGAUGGAGAAGGAUGUUGACAGUGCCUGUAGCAAAGCUGAGGAUCCUCGUCGUGAGACUCUUUGCACAAAAUUGAAGGAUGAGGAGGCUACCAUGGAAAAAUGGAUUGAAAAGCUCAAAGCAGUUGAAGAAAAUAGAGCAGCUGUUGUGUCUGAAUUGAAAGAGGCAUUGCAGGAACAGGAAUCUGAGUUGGAGAAGGUCCGCACUCAGUUGCAGUUGGCUGAAGCAAUGGUAGAAGAAACAGCCAACAUGCAACGGAGGCUGAACAAUGAGCCAAUCAUUCCAUCUUCCAAGCUAGCAUCAUCAGCAGAGCCAGGAAAUUCACUCUCUAAUGGGCAAGUAAAGGGCCAGCAGAAGACAGCCGCUGCUAUCCUUGCGGACAAGAUCGCAUCGUCAUCAAAUUCUCAGCAGAUACUCCAAUCUGCACUUUCCAAGUUUGCUGCGGAAAAUUCAUCUGAGAUACGCUCAGAUAAAAGGAUGAAAGUCGAACAAUCCUCACAGGUCCCAAGCGUUGCGAAUGCUGCUGCCUUUGUACCAAUGCCGCCAAUGGUCACCACAGCAGCACAGCAGCCCCAGACAAUCUUGGUACAGCAAACUCCUGUGCAAGGUCAAGCUUCUGCGCCACAUCCCCAAUACAAUAUCUAUCAGCCCCCUCCACAGCACUUUGUCCAGCAGCCUGGAGGUUUAAUUAUGGGCAUGCCAUACAGCAUGAGCACCAUGAAUCCACCCCCACCUCCGCCACCGCCGCAGAUGAUGAACCUAGCAAGGGCACAAACACAGCCGCAACCACCUACACAGCAGAUGCUUCAGCAGCAAAUGCAGAUGAAUGUUGCGCCCCAGAUGCAGUUCACGCUUCAGCAGCCUGGUGCCCCACAGUUCAGGCCUUUGCAGCCACCUCCAGGGAUGCAAUUUUUCCAUCACCAAUCUCAGUGACAUUUUUGGUGACUGUCCAGCGUUAAACUGUGAUAGUGUCCAGUUUAGUAUACUGUUAGAGAGAAACUGACUGCUGUAGGAGAUAUACCAUAUGGUUGUUCAUUCGUGAAGUUGUUUGUUGUACAUGUAACUUGAGGGGGCAAAAUGUUGUGACACAUGAGCCGGUUUCUUGGCUCAUUUUUUUGAAGGUCGUAGGUUGAUAUUGGGGGUCUGAGCUAAUAAUUAUGUGUUGUGAAUCGAUGAAAGAGAUGGCACUGAGCUAAUAGUGCGUGAUUCCUUGCUGAUACAGAGUUAAA